GGAGUGCAGUUCCCUCAUCCGUGACACUGCUCCCGCUGGCUUGGGCAAGCUGAUUGGAGCCCCUGCCCCUUCGUCUGAAUGACCAAAGGACCCUCACCAUUGAAUCAAGUCCGACUUGUUCAUUCCCAGAAUACACCCUUCAUUUUUCAGUGCUUGCAGGGGGGUGCAGAGAUACCAGUAACCCAGAACGCCCCUUGACACAAGGGGUUUGCUAUCUGCAUGAGUUUAAUGCCCUGAAAAUGCUUCUUCCCAGGUGGACAGAAAAGCAAAGAGAAUGUGAGACUGGAACCCAAAAGCAAGGUGUUUGGCUUGUGGAAGGACAUGCCGUUCCCCUUCUCCAUGUCCAUCUAUUUGUUUGAGGUGAUGAAUUCGAAGCAAGUGCUGCUUGGAGCCAAGCCGGUGUUGAACCAGCGUGGUCCUUACGUGUACAGGGAGACUCGACAAAAAGAAAAUGUGACUUUCUAUGACAACGGAACAGUUUCCUUCUUGGAGUACCGGCGGUUCUAUUUCCUGCCAGAUCAGUCAAAUGGGUCGGAAUCAGAUUAUAUUGUUAUACCAAAUCCCAUAGUAAUGGGAGCAUCGCUGAUGCUGGAGAACAUGCCGUUCGGGGUGAAGCUCUCCUUCACCAGCGCCCUGGCCUUGUUUGGGCAGAAGGCUUUCAUGAACCGCACGGUCGGACAAAUCCUGUGGGGGUACGACGACCCACUCCUCGAGUUCCUGAACACCAUCAAGCCCGGCAUGCUUCCGUUCAAAGGGAAAUUUGGCCUCUUUAGUGAGCUGAACGGCACCAGUACGGGGCUCUUCACGGUGUACACGGGCAUGGAUGAUAUCUCAAAAAUCCAUAUGGUGGAUUCUUGGAACGGCUUGAAAAAGUUGUCCUAUUGGAGGUCUGAUCAAUGCAACAUGAUCAAUGGAACCGCCGGGGAGAUUUGGCCCCCGUUCAUGACCCCUUCCACACCUGUGGAGUUCUACAGCCCUGAUGCUUGCAGAUCAAUGACAUUGGAGUACGUUCAGUCGGGACAAUUCAAAGGCAUCCCUACAUUCCGGUAUACUGGCCAGAAGACCUUGUUUUCCAACGGGACGGAUUAUCCACCCAACGAAGGCUUUUGCCCCUGCCGGCAGUCCGGACUCCUGAACGUCAGCUCCUGUCGAUACAAUGUGUCCCUGUUUCUUUCCCAACCGCACUUCCUGAACGCCGACCCUGCGCUGCUGGACACCGUGGUCGGCUUGCAUCCAAGCGAAGAGCAGCAUGGAUUUUAUCUCGAUGUGCAUCCGCUGACUGGAGUUCCCCUUUCAUGUGCCAUCAGAAUGCAGCUGAGCCUUUUCAUGAAGCAAGUCAAUGGCAUACUGCAGACGGGGUCCAUCAAGCCAAUUGUAUUCCCCAUACUGUGGUUUUCUGAGGGUGCGGAGAUUGAAGGAGACGUCGUGUCUGAGUUUUAUAACAACCUGGUGCUUCUCCCUGCUUUGCUGGAAUAUGCACAGUACUUCCUAGUGGGACUGGGAGGCAUUCUGCUCAUUAUCGCGGCCAUACUGGGCCUCAAAAGCAAGAACUUGACUCUUGCACGGCAGAGGAAGGGGUCCGCUGUGACUCAGACCCUAUCUGCCUCAAAGUUUUAUAAUCCCGGAUCCGGCACUGUCUACAGUUAUCAGGGCCCAAAGAGGGAUGCUCGAGCGGCCAGCCCACAAACGCCAGACCUCCAGGAUGGUGCUUCAGACACUUCUCCGCUUUUGCAAGCAGACUCUGGGACAGUUCGCUAUGAUGACACGUCUGCCACCUGACAAAUCCCCGUUCCUCCUCGUGGAGGAUCCCAAUGAGCUUUAAGGGGAGGGGUGGUUGCGAGAGAAUCGGUGAAUCCCCCCUGGCUCACAGUGGCUGUGCUGAAGGGGAGCGCAAGGCCUCUGCCACACGCCUCGAGCCCAUGGCAAGUUGUCGAAGAGCUUCCUUUGCAAAGGAACGAAGAAACCCUCGAGCCCCGAAGACCAUGGGGCGUCUCCGCCUCUGUUAUUUCUUGCAUUGGCAGCGUUUCGCCUCUUCCCCCAAAGCACUCGCCCUUUCACAUUGUAAAGUCUAAAGGUACAUUUCGAAAUAGGUUCUGGCUAGUCUUCGGUGGGAUGGGCGAGUGAUCCUGCCAGAAGUUGUUCUGCCAGCGCUGCACCAGCGCUGGUGUGGUUCCAAACUGCUUUAGGUUUUGGGUGAGCUGCUCUGCUCUCUUUUUUUUCCUUUUUACGAGACUUUCCUACAUGCACUGGGUCUUCUCCCCUUCCCGUAGCGCCCACCCAAAGUUGCUCCCGAAGGUCUGCACACCUCGGAAGCCGCAUGCGGCAGAGCAGCCGAAAAUGGGAGGGAGCACCGGGAAGAGCAGGAAAGCAGACUUCAUCCGUGGAAGCACAUUAGGUAGAUGAGAGUCUCUCCUUUGGGCUCCCUUUUAAUCCAGUUCUUAGCUGUCAUUCUUUAGAACACUUUUGUACUCCUCAGAAUGCAUAAAUUGCUGUCAUUUCCUAUGGUUUUUGAAAACUGCCUGGGAACAAGAUGCUUGCGCGUGCAUUUUUAAUAGUUUGCCUAGGACGGAAAAGCACUUGGCUCUUUCCAGAUCUAUCUUGUUGCAGGUUCUAGUGAUAUCAGGUGCUAAGUUUUGGGGUACAAAAUGGAGAGAAGGAGGUAGAAGGUGUUUUGUGCAGUUCUCUUGAGGGUCUUUCAGAGUUGGGACCAAAAUAGCCCGGUUUUUCUCCACUAAGGUUAUCUCCAAAUUGAAACCUGCAAGCAGCAAUCUACAUUUCAGGUUCUUCGUGGGUUUUGCACUUUAUUCUUGCGCUGCUUUCAGAAAGGGGGGUUCUUAAAAACUAUUGCCAAAAUACUAUCCUGUCUGUUCUUCCACUUCUGAAUUGUACCAUGAAAAACUCUAGCAGUGUUUGCCCAAGAGAAAAAUUAAAACACUUAGUCUUUUGAAA